AUGAAUCCUCAAACAUAUAUCGGUUGUCCAGUAACCGUUAUUCUUCGAGAAGGUUCUUACCAUGGAACAAUCCACUGUUUUGAUAGUGUUGACAAACGAAUAACACUUAGAGAUGUGUCUAAUCCAGUAAGUGGAAACAAAUAUCUAGGUAUCAGGCAUUUUUAUGCUGCUGAAAUUCUUGAUAUGGUAUUAGAUGAUGAUUAUGAUGAAUCAUUAAUGGACAAACCUCCUUGUGCAGUUAUCAAAACUGAUGAGGCUCCAGCUUAUGAAGAUGUUUCUCCAAUCAUUUCUAAAGCUUAUGACUCAUCCCCAAAUAUCAACACCAACAAGAGGUUUGAUUAUCCUUCUGCAAGUUCCUGUGACAGAUACACCAUCAUUGAGGAAUUCAAUGACCAAUUCCAUGAUACUAUAGCACUUUUUCAAGAACAGACGAUGAUAGGAUUUCAUUUAGUAUCUGUUGGAGAAGGAAGGCAUGGAAAAAUCUGUUGGAUAGCAAUUUCUGUAGAUGGACAUGUCUAUCUCUUUGACUUUCUGGCAUUAGGAAAGAAAAUUUUCAAGAAUGGCUUGCAGGAAAUAUUGGAAAGUAAAAAGAUCACCAAGAUCAUCCAUGAUUGCCGUUUCAUCUCUGAUCUCCUUUUUCACAAAUAUUCUGUGAAUCUCUCAAAUGUUUUUGAUACUCAGGUAGCUGAUACUUUUGUCCAUCGUGCAUGGUAUGGUGUUGGUCAGAAGAACGUCUGGCCAAAAUUUGUUCAGCCAUUAUCCGUCUGUCUAUUUGGACACUUGAAUUUAAAACCUGAAGAAAUUGCUGGUCUCAAUGCAUGUGAAGGAAGAAGCAAGAUUGAUCAAGAAUUGUGGCCAAUGCGACCAUUGAGUGUUUCUUUGGCAGAAACAUUGCUGUGUUGUGUUAAAUACUUGCAUGAAUUACGGCAUCUACUCAUAGAGAAAAUGAUGGUUGAAUACAUGGCUGGAGUAGACAUUUAUCUCAGCACUGUAAGAAAUAUUCCUGAUUCCGAAGUCUCUUGGUAUGCAACGAAAUCUGAAUUUUUGCCGAAGACUUUUUAUAACAUGAACAGAUUCACACAGGUUAUUAAGGACAGUUUCAAGAACCGGGAAAGGGACUCUUGUUCAGAGUUUUCUCCCUUAGAAAAUUACAUGGAAAGAAAAACUGGUCAACAAAUGACAGUUUCAAGUAAAAUGCACAAAAACUCCAAAUCUGUUUCCUCUUAUGAUCCAUCCUCUGUUACAAAUCCAGAAAACAUUGGGUUAACUAAAUCCUCAAGCAAGACAAAACAAAAAGGUCUUGUAAAAGAAAACCUUGAGGAAUGUACAACUUCAAAUGAUGAAAUAAUCACAGGUGUUCCUAGUUUGCCUACACCAACUUGUGAAAAUAAGUCUGAUCUUGAGACCAAUCCUAUCGAUAAUGAAGAAGAUAUCUUGAUUCAAGCAGCAAGGAAGAUGAUAGCCAGUGAUAUUCCUUCAGAUUUAAUGGGUCUCUUGAAGACACCAGUGAAAACCUCUCCUACUCUCACUCCUUUCCUCGGGAUUACAAAGAUUACAGUGUAUUAG